UUGGCUGGCGCGAGGCGUCGGGGCCGACGGGACGGACGGGGGGCGGCCUCGCGGCCCUAGCCGGCGCGAGAGGGGCCGUCACGUGAUGUUUGGGUGCCGGCUCCGCCCCCCGUACCGCCCCUCCCGCCGAGAGCGCACGGAGCGCGCCCGCGAGCCACCGAGGCCCAGCUCUGCAGGAAGGCGGCGGCCCUGCCUUCUGUGAGAAGAUGUCCUACGGAUCCAUCGCUGGCAGCGGCGGCCUGGGGAGCCGCGGCCCUUUUGGGGGGCCCUCCGCACAAGGCUAUCAGCCUCUAGCCACCCAGAUGGACCCGAGUGACCUCCAGGAACUGUUCCAGGAGACGUCGGCCAGCGUCUUCCGAAUCAACUCGAAUGUGACCUUCUUGGAGCAGAGCCUCCAGUCCCUGGGGACGCCAAGUGACACGCAGGAGCUGCGGGACAGCCUGCACACGGUGCAGCAGCAGACCAACCACGCGAUCGCAGCCAGUGCCAGUGCCCUGAAGCAGAUGGCUGAGCUCCUGCGGGGCUGCUCCCGGCAGGAGCGUCUUCAGCUGGACCGUCUGAAAACUCAGCUUUCAGACGCCAUCCAGAGCUAUGGAGUGGUGCAAAAGAAAAUUGCAGAAAAGUCCAGAGCACUGCUUCCCACAGCACAGAGGGUUGGCAAGCAGCAGAGUCCCCAGGCCCCAUUUGCUGAGCUGUCCGAGGACGAGAAGAUCUUUAACGGGGGCGACGGCAUGUGGCAGGCCCAGGGGCAGGCGCUGCUUCCGGAGAUCACCGAGGAGGACCUGGAGGCCAUCCGGCUGCGCGAGGAGGCCAUCCUGCAGAUCGAGAGUGACCUAUUGGAUGUGAACCAGAUCAUCAAGGACUUGGCCUCCAUGGUGUCAGAGCAAGGAGAGGCCAUCGGGUCCAGCAGCGACAAGGCCACGUGCCGGCGCAGCUCCAGCCCCGAGCCGGCCGUGGUGGCCCCGCUGCCCAGGCCGGGCUGUGCGCCCCUGCGGCCGGGCUCCCACUCACGCACCAAGACGCGGAAGCCCAACUUCAGCCCGCAGGAGACCGAGGUGCUGGUGCAGAGGGUGACGCGCCACUACCCGCUGCUGUUCGGGGCCCUGCGGGGCCCACCCGCCCGGAAGCACCGCGUGUGGAGCGCGAUCCUGCAGGCGGUGAACGCGCUGGGCUACUGCCGCCGGGACCUGGGCGACGUCAAGCACAAGUGGCGGGACCUGCGAGGGGCGGUGCGCAGGAAGCUGGCCGAGCGCCCCCGGGCCCCCGGGCCCGUCCUCACGCCCGUCGAGCGCAUGGUGGCUGAGACCUUCGCGGCCCCGGGCCCCGCUGGCGAGGGCCAGGCCGCCGAGGCCCUGCCGAAUAGUAUUGAAGCCGGCCUUGAGGCUGCGUCCUCGCACGCAGAGGCGGCCAGUGAGCUCCUGGCUGGAGCCAGCCGGCACCAAGACGGGGCGGAGGCAGGGCUGGAGAUCGUAUCUGCUGGUGCCAGCUCGGGACUCUCUGCCCCAGCCACGGGCCCCGACCUUCCAGCACGCCGAGGGCGGCCAGACCUGCACCCGGACCUCUCCACCUGGCUGGGUCCUUCCAGGGCCUCCCAGAAUAGAAGGUACAGGCUGCAACUGACGAGCAAGGCGGACUUGUCGGGCGCCCAGGGCCCGGCCUCUCCAACGGGAGCCCUCCGAGUGGGCCAGUGCCUGCCGAGGGCCCUCACCCCCAGGAAGCCUCCUCUCGAGAGGGAAGCAGCACGCCGGCAGGGUGGCUCCCCCCGUGAGCCUCCGGGCUCAGAAGGGUCAGCAAGUGCCUGGACCGCAGAUGCCUGGACCCCAGAAGGAGGAUGUGACAGUGAGGAGGAGGAGGAGGAAAAGGAAGAACAGGAGGAGGCCGGGCAGCCACCUGCGCCCACGGACACAUCAGGCUCAGAACCCCUACCUGGUGCCCGGGAGCUCGUGGGCCCAGUCCUCGGGGGUGAUGCCGUCAUCGCCCCUUUUCCAUCGCAAAGCAGGACCACCUGUGCCAUAGCCGACGAGGACGAGGCCCCCGGCUGCCUGUGGCUACCCCUGCGGACGCUGGAUGGGCCGAGCCUGCCUGAAGCCGACCCCCUGGACCCCCGAGGAGCCUUCCCCGCGUCCACCUGCUCACCCUCCCCGCCCGCCUCCCCGGCCUCGGCACCCCCCGCGGCCACAUUCCCCGGGGCCUCCCGGCCCUCGCCGCCCUCCGCGGCGGCACCCCAGCCCUCCGGGAAGCCCGCAGGGGCUGAGGCCUCGGACCUGGAACGGCGGCUGCUGGACUCAGAGCGGCAGCAGGGCGCCCUGCUCGGCGCCUGGUCCCAGCAGCAGAGUGCGCUGAUGGCGCAGCAGAACCUGCUGCUGCAGCGUCUGGCCGAGCAGAGCCAGCGGCUGGCCGACGGCGUCGAGGCCCUCAACCGGACCCUGGAGAGGCUGGUGGAGGCCCUCCCGACCCGGGGCGCCUCGCCCGCAGUCCCGGAUGGCUCCCCUGGGGGGCGGAACGGCCUGCAGGCCAGCUGGAGGCUCCCAGGGCAGCCCCCAGGGCAGGCACACAGGCCAGGAGGGCUUCUCAGGGAUGAUCCUGAAGGUGGAGGAGGAGAUCUAGGGUCUGGACCCCGUGGGCCGCGUGCAGAGCAGGGACUCCGGUCCUGCCCCUCUGAGGGGCAGAGGCGGGGCCUCGAUGGAGCCAGAGAGGACGCAGGACUUCCGCCUGUGGUUGCCCCUUCCGUCCUGCCAUUGUCCGUGGGCCUCAGUGACGCGAAAGGAGGGCCGGCUGGGGUCUACUCAGGGAUGACGCCGGUGGGCGGACCGAGCCCGCUCCGCUCCCAUCCCGCGCUCCGACCGUCGGGGCGCGUGCUGUGGAGUGCAGGACGGGGCGCCUCUCGGCGGGCAGUGGACUCGUGGUGAAAGCCUUUUCCGGAAGCGAGAGGCUGAGGUCCUGGCAUGAACUGGACAGCGUGCUGGUCCCGGGGCUCCGAGGCAGCCUGGCACUGAGGGGCGCAGAGACCAGGGUGGAACAAACACAGCGGGGGGGACUUUUCCUGGUUUCGCUGUUUACCGUGGAGCCGGCAGCAUGUCAGCAACUCUUGUCCACAAAAGAAAGCCCGAGCUCCUUAGCUGCCCAUCCAGCCCUCUGCAGUGUGGCCAGCGCCCUUCCAGCCUUCCUCUUCCCCUGCGGUCCGGAGGACACCGUGUGUUCUCCACGGCGGCCUUUCCUUCAGCCCUACAAAGCCGGAGUGCAUUUCAGUGCCAUGUCUGGCGUCUUCCUAGAGCUUCAUUCCAGGUGAAAGGCAUGGACCCUGCUUGUCCAUUAAGAUGCCCACUGCAGUGGACACACACCUCUCUAGGCAAUGAACACUGCUCUCCAAGGUUACCCACUAACCCUGGUCAGCACCUACUCAGAUCCCAACCUAGCCCUGACCCGGGUCCCACGCGGAGCCCUGACCCUGGUCCCACGCUGAGCCCUGACCCUGGUCCCACGCUGAGCCCUGACCAUGGUCCCAUGCU